UUCUGGAAGGCUUUAGCUUCUUUUAAGCUUUCUAACAAAAUUACUAACACCCCGGCAAUGUCUAAAACCGAACCCAAAAAUGCCGAACGAGUAACUACGUUGAAGAAAAUACUUUGUGCUGGGAAAGGUGAAUUACCCAAUUAUUGUAAGGAUACUAAAGCAAUUUUUCAUUAUGAAGUCUUUUUGCCUCCUAAAACGAAUAAGUUGGAUAAGGAUGAGAUUGAAGAUGCUGAACAGGCCAGGCUGGCCAUAUUUCCUCAGGACAGAUCCCUUUAUGAAUGUAUUGAUAGCACAAAGAAAGACUGGCCGAAUGGUUACGGAAAACCUUUGGAGCUUAUUUUUGGGAAGAAAUUUCAACUGCCUUUGUUUGAAAAAUGUUUGAGGACAAUGCUGGUUGAUGAGAUAAGCCAAUUUGAUGUUUACGAUCCAAACGAACUUAUCACCUUUCCAAUGGUUUCAAAAAAGUUGAGGGAUAUUGGGCAUGCAGAAAAGGACCCAAUAUUCGCCAAAAAAUACGAACAUUCCCAAAAACAUCAAUGUGCUGCAACUGUUACAGAAUUGGGUUAUCCAGAAUUGGACAAACUUUUGAAGGAAGGGCCUAGGCCUACUCGAGUUAUUUUGCAUUUACUUCAAGUUUUGAAGCCUGACCAAUAUAAAGCAGACAAUUGGCAGCUGGACGAAGUUCAACGUUCUAAACAAAUUGAUCAACUUAGAAUUGAAGGGAAUCUACUAUUUUCUGAGAAAGACUACCAAAACGCCUCAUUAAAAUACCGAGAAGCAAUAACCUUAUUAGACCAACUUUUGCUUAAUGAAAAGCCUGGAGAUCCAGAAUGGCUGGAAUUGGACCAAAGAAAUAUUUUUUUGUUUUUAAAUCUUGCUCAAUGUUUUUUGAAUUUGGGACAGUUUUAUGAGGCUAUAAAUUGUGCAAAUGAAGUGUUGAAUAGGGAUCCAAAGAAUGUUAAAGCUUUGUUUAGAAGAGCUAAAGCAAAGAUGCAAAUUUGGGAUUUGGAGGAGGCAGAAUCAGAUUUACACCUUCUAAAGUCUCUGGGAGCAGAUGUAUCUUUAAUUAAUUCCAACCUGAAGCAAUUGGAACAAAAACGGAAAGAAAAAGAAUGUGAACAAUCAAAGGCCUAUAAAGCUAUGUUUAAAGGAGCUUUAAAUUUGGAAGAAGAAAAAUGA